GUCCACAGCGGCGGAGCGGGCGGCCGAGCAGAAGCAAGGCGGCGACAGCGGCUGCGACUUCGAGUACCACUCCCAUAAGGACAGAGACCCCCUCCAGGGACCACAGAUUUGAUUUGGAGAGCUCCUGCCUGUGGCCUCUAGCUGCUCUGCUGUUUUGUCCCUUCAGCCUGGAUUGGUGACACACAACUACUUGAGAUAUUUCCAGGUUUGCUGGCAUGGGAAACUUGCUCAAAGUCCUGACCCGGGAAAUUGAGAAUUAUCCACACUUCUUCCUGGAUUUUGAAAAUGCCCAGCCUACAGAAGGAGAGCGAGAGAUAUGGAACCAGAUCAGUGCUGUCCUCCAAGAUUCUGAGAGCAUCCUCACAGACCUACAGGCUUACAAAGGUGCAGGACCAGAGAUUCGAGAUGCAAUCCAAAAUCCCAAUGACAUUCAACUUCAGGAGAAGGCCUGGAAUGCAGUCUGUCCUCUGGUAGUGAGGCUGAAGAGGUUUUACGAAUUUUCCAUCCGUCUUGAAAAAGCACUGCAGAGUUUAUUGGAAUCUCUGACGUGUCCACCCUAUACACCAACCCAGCACCUGGAACGGGAGCAAGCCCUGGCAAAGGAAUUUGCAGAAAUCUUACAUUUCACCCUUCGAUUCGAUGAGCUGAAGAUGAGGAACCCAGCUAUUCAGAAUGACUUCAGUUACUACAGAAGAACAAUAAGUCGGAACCGCAUCAACAACAUGCACCUAGACAUUGAGAAUGAAGUUAAUAAUGAGAUGGCCAAUCGAAUGUCCCUCUUCUACGCAGAAGCCACACCGAUGCUCAAGACUCUUAGCAAUGCCACAAUGCACUUUGUCUCUGAAAAUAAAACCCUGCCAAUAGAGAAUACCACAGACUGCCUCAGUACGAUGACAAGCGUCUGUAAAGUCAUGCUGGAGACACCGGAGUACAGGAGCAGGUUUACAAGUGAGGAGACACUGAUGUUCUGCAUGAGGGUGAUGGUGGGGGUCAUCAUCCUCUAUGACCACGUGCACCCCGUGGGAGCCUUCUGCAAGACAUCCAAGAUUGAUAUGAAAGGCUGCAUAAAGGUGUUGAAGGAACAGGCCCCAGACAGUGUGGAAGGGCUGCUGAAUGCUCUCAGGUUCACUACAAAGCACUUGAAUGAUGAAUCGACUUCCAAACAGAUUCGGGCGAUGCUCCAGUAGAGCCCUGCUCAGAGAGGAGGAUCUGUUCUGACCUCAGAAGAUGUAUAUGUUUACAUAAUUUAAUACAGAUUGAUGUUAAUACUUGUGUAUUUACAUAACCAUUUCCUUCUUGUCACUGAAAUAUAUGGACCUUAAUUUGUAUCCUGACUGAUUCAACCCAGCAGAGCAUAAAUUGACUUGAGAGCCUUACCUUUGAUGUCUGAAGCAACCCUCCUUUCUCCAAGGGCCAGAUUCGGAAACUUCGACCUUGGCUGCUGGAGUCCUGUAGUGAUACUUGUAACAAUCAGAAAUUCUUAAU